CGGGCAGAGGCAGGGGAACAAGAGACGGGCAGAGGCAGGGGAACAAGAGACGGGCAGAGGCAGGGGAACAAGAGACGGGCAGAGGCAGGGGAACAAGAGACGGGCAGAGGCAGGGGAACAAGAGACGGGCAGAGGCAGGGGAACAAGAGACGGGCAGAGGCAGGGGAACAAGAGACGGGCAGAGGCAGGGGAACAAGAGACGGGCAGAGGCAGGGGAACAAGAGACGGGCAGAGGCAGGGGAACAAGAGACGGGCAGAGGCAGGGGAACAAGAGACGGGCAGAGGCAGGGGAACAAGAGACGGGCAGAGGCAGGGGAACAAGAGACGGGCAGAGGCAGGGGAACAAGAGACGGGCAGAGGCAGGGGAACAAGAGACGGGCAGAGGCAGGGGAACAAGAGACGGGCAGAGGCAGGGGAACAAGAGACGGGCAGAGGCAGGGGAACAAGAGACGGGCAGAGGCAGGGGAACAAGAGACGGGGAGAGGCAGGGGAACAAGAGACGGGGAGAGGCAGGGGAACAAGAGACGGGGAGAGGGCAAGACCGGCUUUUUAUAGGUGCAGCAGAAAUUCCUUUUUCAGCCUCCAUGGAAUCCUGUUAAAAUGCAGUUGGAGAGUGCCAGCAGUAGAGAAGGUGAGAUAUCUAUUUACUGAGGAGGAUGCAGGAAGCAAAGUGCUGUGGAGGAGGACACGGAGAAGGGGGUUCGCAGUCCAAAAGCUAAAUUAAGCGUGACUGGGAUUGACUCCAUAUUUUAAUCCUCCAUUGGUCCUUUGAACCCUUACACACACACACACACAGAUACAUACACACGCCACACUGAAAGCCUGUCUCUGCGUGUUGCCUUUCUUGCAUUACACCGCCACUCAUGCAGAAAGGUAGUCUGGGUCAUGGAGGGGGUGCCCAGAUAAGAGGCUUGGAUCUUAAUACCCCAACCCCUCACUACCCUAAUACCGCUCCCUGUUUACUGUUGUCGGGGGGGGGGGCAAAGCUGCUCACAGCUACCCCUGCACUGAUUGGAUAAGGCGGAAGAGGGUCUGGUGAACGGGUCCCCCUGGUUGGCGAGAGGAGAGCGGGUACACAUUGUGAUUGGGUGACGGGACAGAGGGGUCCUCUCUGUCGCCAGCCGGUGAAGGGGUUCUCCUGUUUGUGUGGGGAUUAUGGCUUCGGCGAUUGGGCACGCUCCCAGGACUCUGCAGCUGUUCGCGAGAGCGAGGAUGGAAGGGGGAGGGGCGUCUCGUCUCUGAGUUAGAGGGGGUUAGUCGUGCUCAUCUUGUGCGUGCAUGCCGGUGUGUGCGUGUGUCAAGGAGCCUGUACUCUCUCACACACUCCACUCCGGUCUUGCUUUCCUGGCUGUAGCAUGUCAGAGGAGGGGUGAGUGGAAGCAGGUUGAAGUCUCUGCGUUGGUCUCAUUCAUUGGUCUCAUGGUCCCAUUCAUCUAGACUCAAUUAGGGUCUUGGAAGGAGAAGAUCGGGAUUUUUGGAAUGGUGACGUUCCGACAUCGGGGGAAACUAUCUAUUUUUUUGUGUGGUAUCUAGGCUUUCUCUAUGUACUAUGUUAAGCGUCUUUGUUGUUGUGGUUGUUGUUUUGUAGUGGAGGGAACUGACUCUUUUAGGACCGGCUUCAUAUCUUCCGCAGAUUCUUGCCAUUUGGGGGAUCCUCCACUAUUGUGUCCCAUCCCCCGUGUGGCGAGACCAAGGGGAUUUCCCGCAUCUCGGCUUCUGCUCUAGUCGAGAGAAAGAGCGAGAGGGCGAUUUAAUGGGGAGAGAAGGAUGAAAGAGCGGCCAUCUUUGAGAGCUUUUUUUUUUUUUUUUUUACCAAUGGAGCAUUGGAGCACUGGUGAUUUAGGGCUACCUACUGUUGGGUUGGAGUCGGACGUGUUGGGCUGAUCUGUGUGUGGGAGGACACGCGCGUUCUGUGUUGUGGUGGCUAUACCAGAGAUGGAGGUGAUGUCGUCUUGCUGGAGAGGCCAGGAGGAGCAGGGGGCCAAAGUGAAGGCAGAGAAGAUCCGAGUGGCCCUGGAGAAGAUCAAGGAGGCGCAAGUCAAAAAGCUGGUGAUCCGGGUGCACAUGUCGGACGAGAGCUCCAAGACCAUGAUGGUGGAUGAGAGACAGACUGUCAGACAGGUGCUGGACAGCCUGCUGGACAAGUCUCACUGUGGCUACAGCCCCGACUGGUCACUGGUGGAGACCAUCAACGAGCUGCAAAUGGAGCGGAUCUUUGAGGACCAUGAGAACUUGGUGGAGAACCUACUGAAUUGGACCAGAGACAGCCAUAACAAACUGAUGUUCAUCGAGCGCAUCGAGAAAUAUGCCCUCUUCAAGAACCCCCAGAACUACUUGUUGGGGAGGAAGGAGACCUCUGAAAUGGCCGAUAGGAAUAAAGAGGCCCUACUAGAGGAGUGUUUCUGUGGCAGCUCAGUGUCAGUACCAGAAAUCGAGGGAAUCCUCUGGCUAAAGGAUGAUGGGAAGAAGUCGUGGAAGAAGCGAUACUUCCUGCUGCGCGCAUCAGGAAUCUACUACGUGCCGAAAGGCAAAGCUAAGGCCUCCAGGGACCUGGUAUGCUUUCUACAGCUGGACCACGUUAAUGUGUACUACGGCCAGGACUACCGCAGCAAGUACAAGGCCCCCACAGACUACUGCCUGGCCCUUAAGCACCCCCAGAUCCAGAAGAAGUCCCAGUACAUCAAGUAUCUGUGCUGUGACGACGUCAGGACCCUCCACCAAUGGUUCAACGGCAUUCGCAUCGCCAAGUACGGGAAACAGCUGUAUGUGAACUACCAGGAGGCCAUGAAGCGCACGGAGGCGGCCCACGACUGGUCCUCCCUCUCCACCUCCAGCAUCCGCUCUGGCUCCAGCUCCGGCUCCGGCUCAGCCAGUCUGCCCGAGUCCCAGUCGAACCACUCGGGCCAGUCAGACAGUGGAGUGGACACGGCCUCCUGCCACGGGCGCUCCCAGAGCGUGGUCAGCUCCAUUUUCUCUGAGGCCUGGAAGAGAGGAACGCAGAUGGAGGAGAACACCAGGAUGAGGGAGUCCACCCGAGGCGCCACCCUCCCCCACCCUGCCCACACGCACCGCCAGACCCCACAACUGGAGCCCCCUGCGUUGGCUGCGCCACAACAGCAGCUGCCUCCCCAGACUCACAGCAGCUACACCCACGCUCUACCCCCCAAGCCACAGGGGGGUACCUCCCCCCCACUUCAACAGCAACUGCCCCCCCAGAUCCGCAGCAGUUACACCCAGGUCUUGCCUACCCUGCCCCAACAGCCCUCCCCUCCACCGCCCCAACAGCCCUCCCCUCCACCGCCCCAACAGCCCUCCCCUCCACCGCCCCAACAGCCCUCCCCUCCACCGCCACAACAGCCCUCCCCUCCACAACAGCCCUCCCCUCCACAACAGCCCUCCCCUCCACAACAGCCCUCCCCUCCACAACAGCCCUCCCCUCCACCGCUCCAACAGCUACCCCCCCACAUCCGCAGCAGUUACACCCAGGUCUUGCCUACCCUGCACCAACAGCCCUUCCCUCCACCGCCCCAACAGCCCUUCCCUCCACCGCCCCAACAGCCCUUCCCUCCACCGCCCCAACAGCCCUUUCCUCCACCGCCCCAACAGCUGCCCCCCCAGAUCUGCAGCAGUUACACCCAGGUCUUGCCUUCCUUGCACCCCCAGCCCUCCCCUCCACCACCCCAACAGCUGCCCCCCCAGAUCCGCAGCAGUUACACCCCUGCCUUGCCCUCCCUGCCCUUCCCUCCACCGCCCCAACAGCCCUUCCCUCCACCGCCCCAACAGCCCUUCCCUCCACCGCCCCAACAGCCCUUCCCUCCACCGCCCCAACAGCCCUUCCCUCCACCGCCCCAACAGCCCUUCCCUCCACCGCCCCAACAGCCCUUCCCUCCACCGCCCCAACAGCCCUUCCCUCCACCGCCCCAACAGCCCUUCCCUCCACCGCCCCAACAGCCCUUCCCUCCACCGCCCCAACAGCCCUUCCCUCCACCGCCCCAACAGCCCUUCCCUCCACCGCCCCAACAGCCCUUCCCUCCACCGCCCCAACAGCCCUUCCCUCCACCGCCCCAACAGCCCUUCCCUCCACCGCCCCAACAGCCCUUCCCUCCACCGCCCCAACAGCCCUUCCCUCCACCGCCCCAACAGCCCUCUCCUCCACCACCCCAGCUCUCUCCUCCACCGCCCCAACAGCCCUUCCCUCCACCGCCCCAGCUCUCUCCUCCACCGCCCCAACAGCUGCCUCCCCAGAUCUGCAGUAGUUACACCCAGGUCUUGCCCUCCCUGCCGCCCCAGCUCUCUCCACCACCCCCCCAGCUCUCUCCUCCACCACCUCAACAGCUGUCCCCACAGCCCUACAGCAGCUACAACCAAGCUGUGCCCCCGCCACCCCCUCCCCCGCCACCACCCCCUCCCCCGCCUCCCCUGCCUGCCAGCAGCACCCCUCACCACUCGGGCCCCACAGUGUUCGCCAAGUACAGCACCAUCACCCGGCUGCAGAACCAGAACGCUGCCCACCAGGCCGCCAAUCACCACAGGGCGCAAAACAACCACCAGAGCCCACCCAGGGCGUCAGCUCAAGCCCCGUCUCCUCCCCAUCAGACGGCUGUCAAACCGCUGGUCAACAACAUCAACGUCCCACCUCCCCCGCCGCCCCCUCCCCCGCCCUCCAUGCCUGCUCUGGGGUCGGCCAUGGCCGCACUCCGGCUCGGUUCCCACAGCCCGGCCGCCCUGCCCCAGUUCAUCCCACCACCGCCGGAGAGCAACGACAUCCCCCCUCCCCCUCCUCCUCCACCGCCCCCAGACCUGAUGCCAGGUCUGUGCCCAUUGCCCUACGGCGCCAACGCACUCCAGCAGGCACUGGCCCAGAAGUUCCCCAACGGUCCCCCCCAGGGCCUCUUUCCCCCCGCUGCCAGACUGGUAGAGUCGCCCCCGGCACCGCCUCCUCCCCCCCCACCUCCCCCUCCUACCCCACCGCCUCCCCAGAAUCUCUAUGUGCCUCCCCCACCACCUCCUCCCCCACCUCCUCCUCCCCCAACUUCUCAGCAGCAGUACUCGCCCGCAGCUGCUCCCCCCCCUGCCCUACCCAAAACCUUCUCCCCAGGCUUUCUGCUCCACCACGGUGCCCGGAAGCCUCUCUACCCUGUUUCCCCUCUCCCCCCCGCCCCACCUGCUGCCCCUACUCCUCCCCCACCCCCGCCCCCGCCCCCUCCUCCUCCGGUGUCAAUGAAGAAGCAGCACAGCCUCCAGGUAGUCCACACUCCCAACCAGCCCCCUCCCACAUUUCCCAAGCAGCACAGCCUCUCCAAGCCGCCACCCAUGUCAUUCACGGCUCCGCCCACCACUACCUCCCUGGUCAAACAGAUGGCAAGCCAGUUCCCAGGGUCCACACUGUCAACCAAUCAACUUGAGAGCCCCAAAGCCCCCCUUUCCCCUCCUGCGGUGAAGGCCAAACCAAGAUGGCAGCCAGGCUGUGGACAGGCCCAGCAACAGGCCUCUGAGUUCCCUCCACCCGCUUCUGAGAGCAGCCUGUCUUUCCCUCCUCCUCCCCCUCCUCCUCCGCCCCCACCUGCUCCAGUCACCGGCCUUGCCCCUCUUGCUCCACCUCCCCCUCCCAUCACUGGCCCCACCCCUCCGCCUCCCCCUCUCCCCCCCGGCAACCUAUGCUCGCCCCUGAAGAGAUCUCCAUCGGGCUCCUCCACACCCUUCACAGGCUCCUCUGGCUGGGGGGGCAGGAAGCCCCCGCCCGCCACCCCCCAGAAGGCCUCCAGCAUCAAGUCUAACUCCUCGGCUGAAUACCAGGAGUCCCGCAGGAACCUUCUCAGCAAGUUCGCCCCCCAGUCCUCCUCUUCCCCCUCCACCUUCCCAUCCUUCCCUGCCGUGUCCUUGGGUAGUUCUCCCUCUAAGGACCCCUCCUCCUCCCCGGCCGGCCCCCCGGCGCCCCCCAAGCCAGGCAAGUUGAACCUGGCCAACCUGGCCCUUCAGGCCAAAGUGGGUCAAGUGGGCCAGCAGCGCCAGUCCACCGCCGACUUCCCCUCCCUUCCAGCGGAGUGCGCCGUGGCCUACUUCCCCCCUCCUCCACUGCCCAGUGACGGCCACGUCGGGGCACCUAAGGUAGCAGUGGUCAACCCUCAGCCAAAAGUACCGCCUGCCCCUCCCGGUCCCCCUCCCCCCGCCACCAUCAACUCCUCCUGGGGCAAGGGCUCCCUGAAGAAGGCCCCUCCCCCCAUGCUGCAGAGGAACCAGCCGUCCCCGCCUCCCAAGCUGCCCCUGCCUACCUCGCCCCCCAAGGGGAACGGUAACAACGGCGCCCCCCAGCCGGGCAACUUCAUGGACGACCUGAACCGGACUCUGAAGCGCAAGUCGGUGAGCCGGCAGGGCUCGCUCUCCUCGUCCCGCCUGUCCGGCCCCAAGCUGGAGCCCGCCGCGGGCACCAUGGACGACAUGGAGUUGGCACUGCCCCCUCCACCGCCCGAGUUGCUGUCGGGGGGGAACAUCUCAGGCUAUGCAACGCUACGGCGGGGGCCCCCACCGGCCCCACCCAAGAGGGGGGGCAACACAAAACUGACACACUGACCAGGGGAGUGGUAGAAAAGGAGACUGUUGGAUGAUGUCUACUUUACCUCUCUUGGGGAGGAGUUUCUAUCUAUCAUAUCUAUCACACAGGACCGUCAGUGGACAUUGACAAACUGUACUCCUCGUGUUCCAUGAUUUAUGAUGGUGAAUACUUAACCAUGUAAAUAAGGAAACGCCAAACCACGUAUCAGCUUUUUCGCCGUAUGUUUGUGCCACGUAGUCAGAAAAACCAAUAAUAACGACGUUAGGAUUCAUUCUGCAUCGGUACUGCAUGGACAUGCUGUAAACCAUGGCGCUGUGUGUGUGUGUGUGUGUGUGUGUGUGUGUGUGUGUGUGUGUAUACCCGUUUUGUGUGCGUACCCGUGUGUUUUCACAUGCAUCCAUGUGUGUGAGAGCGAGAGAUAAAGGGGAAAUGGGGGACAGCCCAUAAAGGAAGGCCUCUGUAAUAGGGAUUGUUAUUUUGCCUCUGGUUUUAUAUGAAGUUAUUUAAUACGUGAAAGGAUUUUCUUUAUAGUUACGUUUUUAAAAGCUGCAAGUAUGUUGGAGAGAGGCGGAUAAGAUCGAAAAACUUGAAUCAGUGAGAUAAGAAUUCUCAGAGAGUUUUGACAUUUCCUAAGUAUUCCCUGAAUGUUUUGCAAGUGUCUCACUCGGUGGCACGCAAAUCGGAAGGACGCCUUUUUUCACAGACGAUUGCACUCUCUCGAAGGAAUCUCCAAAUGGGGGGGAAAAAAAGGAGAUUCUCUCCUCCCAAAGGCACGAAAUAAUGACUGUGCAACUGGAAACAUUUGUGACUGGGAAUAAUUUUUUUGUUAAUUUUUUAUUUAAUGCAUACAAUUGUUUUUGCUUAACUGAAGACUGGAACGGCACGUCGUGUGUGUGUGUAUGUCUUUCGAAUGCCCUGUGGGUUGUGUGCUGUGUUUGUUUGACCUUUGACCUGACCGGCAUCUGAGUCGGGUUCAUUAGGCACCAAGCAGAAGAAACGGUCUGUGAAACAGGGAGGGACUCACUGGAUUUGUCCAAUUAGAAACACACAUUUUAGAUUUUCAUUGGGUACAUGCUUUAAAACGUUUGGUGCCUAAUGAACAUCUGCUUCUGUUUAUCUGUACAGUAACAGCUUCUGCUCCCCUCCCAUCGGCCCCUGCCACCUUUAGAUUGUCACAUGACAUGGCCUAAAAUCAAAGAAAUAGAAUGUACAGAGUGGGGGCAGCUUUGCUCCAGGUGCUGUUUACCAUAUACUCAGUUAUUCUCAACAUGGUGGCUAAAAUUGAAGCGACACGUUGUUGCUUUAAGGUACUGAUCAUUGACUUAUGUUGUCAGUAGCAUUAGACUAGACCUGACUGGCUAAAUUAAUUCACAAAUUCCCAUCUGGCUCGCAUUAAAAUUGAAUGUUGCUUUCUAUAUCCUGUUUUUAUGGCCUAAACAUCCCAGUGUGGUGCAGUUUCCUGCUUCUCCUGCCGAAGUGCAGUGCAGAGGGAGGGGGGGGGGGGGGGGGGGGGGGGUUCUCGCAGCAAUGCCUUCAUUUCAAGGGUGCCAGUACUUAUUGUCCUAAUAAGCCUUGAUAUCAAGGUGCUGACAUCUUAAAAGUUGAAUCUAGGGUUUGUCCCCAAUCCUCCACUCUUCUCCCAAAGUGUGACCAUCCUGGAUUGGAUUGAUAGAAGCAUUAGCUUCAGUUUCCACCAUUUUCAGCAAUCGAUACAGUAUAGCGACCAUAACCAAAUAAAGCUGAAUAUCCGUACUGAACUCAAGUGGACCAUGAAUGUUGAGGGACCACUGCUAGACGCAUAAAACAGGCUGUCAUAUUAAUCUUGCUUAUAUCUACAUUGCUUCUGCUCCGUAUUGGUGAAGUUGGCUCGAGACGCUGAUCUUGGGUCAGUUGCACAUUUUUGCAGGUUGGGGAAGCUGAUCCUAGAUCUGUACCUAAGGGGAAACUUCACCCCAGAGUCUGUGCAUUUUCAUGAUUGAAUAUCAUCCUUUUCAGGUUGUUGGUUAACAGUAUGUCAAACUGAAGUAGGCAUUAAAUUAUUGAAGUGUUGUGUAUCUGAUUUUGGGGGCCAUAUGAAACUAAAUGAAUAAAACGGGGGGGAGAUUGCAGACUAAAUGUCUCUACUUGCCCGAAGAUCACAAUAUAAAUGUUGGUAAUCCUACCUCGA